AUGCCACAGCUUGGUCCGGUCGGGUGUCCGAUACCGCGGGGAACUGGCCUGCUGCUGGUCUGUUGCUCGACGGUGUGGGGACUCAGUUCGAUAGCGCAUCUCCAGCGGUGGAAGCAUUCCGGCGAGGAACGACGAGCUGCUGCACCGCCAGCAACAACGUGGCAGCGAGCGACCAGCGGCCAGCUAGUCCGCCGAGAAUCGCAUCGAAAAAACGAACAAUCGGCCGCACUUCAGCGGUGCAGCGGCGGUCACGCUGCAUUGAGGAGAGUUAUCGGCGGCGGAGCAACAACUGAGUGA